UGAAAUUUCACAAUGUUAUUAUGUUGGUGAGUUUCUCCGAUUCAUCACAAAAAAAAACCAAAAAUGUCGGAAGAGAAACAAAGCCCUAACCCGAUCUACAUAGUUCCCGAUCUUCUAGAAGAAAUUUUCCUUCGACUGCCCUUGAAAUCAAUCCUCAAAUUCAAAACCAUCUCGAAACAGUGGAGAUCAAUUCUGGAAUCGGAUAGCUUCGUUCAAAGGCGUAGGAGUGUUAAACAGAGCCGUAAAAUCCUCGCUGCUUACAACUGCAAUUGCGGCGGCAGACCAUGUCUCCUCCCCGAGUCGCAGUUCCAAGGGGACGAAGAGAUCGUCUAUCUGCAUUGCGAUGCGGCACGACGGCCUAUGUUGAGUUGCAACGGUUUGGUCUGUUUCCACGAACCAGAUUAUAUCACCGUUUUGAAUCCUUCGACUGGACAGAACCUGCGGUUUCAUUCGUCCUCCCGGUUCAGAAACGGGUCAGACAUGGUCAUGGGGUUUGGUAGAGACAGAGUUACAGGAAGCUAUAUAGUAGUUAAGAUGAUUGUUGAACCCAUGUUUGGCGAUGAUUGCGAUGUUCUUGAUGUUGAAAGUGGUGAAUGGAAGAAACUGAAACGACCUCAUUAUGUGACUAGUUUGGAAAGACAAUCAGUUUGUGUGAAUGGAUCGAUAUACUGGCUCUUUUCGGGUGAGGGGCUGUUACACAUUGGGUCGGGUUACCAUUUACUAGCCUUGGAUCUUCACAAAGAAGAGUUCCACAGAGUCUCAGCUCCGGAUACGUUGGUCACCCGGGACACCAAGAUUGUGAACCUUGAGAACCGUCUAGCCGUAGCCAAAAUAACGAUCCCUGGGCCUGCACGUAUACUAGAGAUAUGUAGCAUGAAUGCAGGAGAAGAGAUAUGGAGCAAUACUUAUGCCAUAAAUUUAGCUGGUAUAACGGCGUCCAAGUGGUCCGUGUUCACGCCUGUGGCUGUUUCGGACCAAGGGAAUCUUGUCCUUUAUAAUGAUCGCAAGAGUUUGUUUAAUGAUCGCAAGAGUUUGUUUAAAUAUUAUCCUGAGACAUGUGAGCUUCGUUGUCUCUCCUCAGAUAGUUGCGUUCAUGUUCUAUCUCCUUACCUAGAGAAUAUGGCUCCACUUUGAUCAAAAUCAGCACAUCGUCUUGGUUAUAAAACCAGGUCAUCUAGAUGCAGAUUGUUUUCCAAAAGGGUUAAAUUUGGGAUCUUAGAUAUUAUGUUUAUCGCUCUAGUUAUUGGUAUAGUUUGUUAUUUUUUGAGGGGUUCAUUGAGUCUUGAUGGAGUGAAGACAACAGUAACAAGGAUACACAACUGGUGGACAGAAAGAAAGCAAAUCGGCACAUCAAAACGAACCAGAUGUAGUCGGGUUUGAACUGGUUAUUUUUAUGUUCUGUUAUUGUGUUAUUUUCUGUUCUUCUUCUGUAAGCAAUUUCUGUCUCCUUUUUGCUUUUUCCAUUGCGUUAGUUGUGUUUUAUUCUUAAAAUUGUCUUCCUUGUUUGUAGGAACCCUUCUCCACCUUUGUAUUUCUCUGUUAUUUAUAGGAAUUGAGAUGAUUACGAUUGUA